GAAUUUCACUGCGUUGGCUCUGUCCCCCUGCGUUGCCUCUGGAAGGACGUAGUUUAAUUCUUGCCUUUUUUUUUUUUUCUUCAAUGGAUGAAAAGAAGUGAAACCAAGGAUUUGCAUAGAAAAUUGUCGUUCAAUGUGCUGAUAAGCGAAAUGCAAUCCAAGAUUGUUCAUACUGUUUUUGAGCUUUAAGCUUCUUGAUACUGGAAAUGGCAUUAUUCAAAGCUAGGGAAUUCUUAUAUAAAGGCUUUUCAACUUUUGCUACAAAUACUAAAAUUUGCGUAGUUGGGAGUGGACCUGCUGGUUUUUACACUGCUGAGAAGUUGUUGAAGGCGCUUCCCAAUGCCCAAGUUGAUAUCAUUGAUCGUUUGCCAACUCCUUUUGGUUUAGUGCGCUCUGGUGUGGCACCUGAUCACCCUGAAACAAAGAUUGUGGUCAAUCAAUUUACGCGGGUUGCACAGCAUCAAAGGUGUUCAUUCUUUGGUAAUAUCAAGCUUGGAUCUUCCAUUUCAUUGUUGGAUCUUCGCGACCUGUAUCAUGCGGUUGUCCUAGCAUAUGGAGCAGAAAGUGAUAGAACUCUCAAGAUUCCUGGAGAAGAUUUGUCUGGCAUACACUCAGCCAGAGAAUUUGUUUGGUGGUACAAUGGGCACCCAGAUUGCAGAAACCUAAAUCCUGAUGUAAAGGCCACUGAUACAGCUGUAAUCCUUGGCCAGGGAAAUGUAGCUCUAGAUGUUGCACGCAUCCUUUUACGGCCAACGCCAGAAUUGGCAACCACAGAUAUUGCUAAUCAUGCAUUGGAGGCUUUGCAGGAGAGUGCUAUAAGGAAAGUGUUUUUGGUUGGAAGACGUGGACCAGUUCAAGCAGCUUGUACAGCUAAAGAGCUACGUGAAGUCCUUGGUAUUAAAAACUUGCACAUUCACAUACAUGAAGCUGAUCUUGUCAAGAGCCCAACAGAUGAGGAAGAGGUGAAAAACAGUCGAAUACAGAGGAGAGUUUAUGAGUUGCUUGCUAAGGCUGCCGCUUCUGGACCUCCCCAUUCUGACGCAGGUCGACGUGAGCUGCAUUUUGUUUUCUUCCGCAAACCAGAAAAGUUUCUGAGUUCAGUAGACAAAAAAGGCCAUGUUGCUGGUGUUCGAUUUGAGAAGACAGUUCUUGAAGGUUCUAUCCCGGGAAAGCAGAUAGCUAGAGGUACUGGGGAGUUUGAAGACCUUGAAUGCCAGAUGGUGCUAAAGAGCAUAGGUUACAAAUCAGUGCCCAUAGAUGGAUUACCCUUUGAUCAUCUGAAAGGAACUGUACCGAACGUUAGAGGUCGAGUUGUAAGCAAUAUGUCUGGAGAUUCCAUCCAACUUGAGGAAGGAUUAUAUGUAUGUGGGUGGUUGAAAAGAGGACCAACUGGAAUUAUUGCAACAAAUCUCUAUUGUGCUGAAGAAACCGUUGCAAGCAUUUGUGAAGACCUCGAUAAGAGAGCAUCGUCAUCUUCCUUUUCUAGCUCACCGAAGCCCGGGAGAGAAGGUCUCAUACGAGCAUUAGACAAUCAAAAUGUAAGAGUUGUACCGUUUAGCGCAUGGGAAAAAAUAGACUCCGCUGAAACGAGGCUUGGGAGUCUGAAGAACAAACCCAGGGAAAAGCUUACCACUUGGGAGGAGCUACUGAAGGUGGCCAUGGAAUGAGUAUCUUCAUGAAGCUUGAGUGCCGCCUUCAUACCUAGCUAUUCCGCUUCUUCGUUUCACUUCUACUCUCGGAACAACCUAUUUUAUCGCUCUCACUCUCGAGCACAAAGCUAUUUCGUUUCAUAUCCUAACAUUGAACACUCGAAUGAGUAGUUUACUUUGCCCGAAAUGUCGGUUUCUUUUGCUAGCAUGCUGAUGGAAUCGACUUCCAUUGAAGAGGUCAACAAUAAAAGAGGCUAUACAUUAUUUUUGGGGAGCUAGAAAAGAUGGAAGUAAAUCAUUCUUCAGCACACUUAAACUGAGCUCAAAAUCCAUUUGGUUUCACUGCAAAGUGUAAAUCAACUUACCCUUCCUCUUCAUCCACUUAUUUAUUCAUUUUAGAGAAGAUUUUAGCU